AUGUGGCGAAUUAAACGCUCAUUACAAAAUAUGUCGUUAUUGGAGAAAGAUUAUGCGCCCUUGGGCAGAGCGUCAAUAGAAGAUUCUACGAAGAGCGAAAUUGAUGAUGGUAUAGAGCUAGAAGAAGUUCAUUUACGCUCAAGGCGAUGGACACAAUCACUACCUUUUCAAGCUUUACCGUGGAUUCUGACCUUGGUAUUUAUGGCCAUCUCUUUCGCUCAAUAUGAACUCAGAGACAAGUCUUGUCAAUCUGAAGAAUAUUCUCUACUUCGCCCAACCGAUUUCAGAAGAUAUUUUCGAAUCACUGCUGAAGAAGCCAUCGAGGCGUUUGGAAGUGCCUCGGAUGUAUAUUGGAACGACAAAGUGGGUGGUUAUAUGGCAGGAAUUGACAUGUUCCAUGCUCUACAUUGCUUGAACCGGCUGCGGCAAUCAUUUUGGCCGGAGUACUAUCCACCAUCUACGCAUCCAAAUACAAUCAUCCACCAAGGGUUUGCUUGCCAUUUAGAACAUUGUAUCGAUCAUAUUCGACAAAUGCUGAUGUGCUCCGGAGACAUGACCUUAAUACCUACAGAAUGGACGGAUUACUUAGAAAGAAACUACGUAAACUCUGAUGUUCCGCAUACAUGCCGGAAUUUCGCGAAACUUCGAGAUUGGGUCGUCUCACGGCACAAUGGAUCAACCAUGGUCCCUGAGUCGUCGGUGAAGCAUCAUGGAAAACCCCAAGAUCAAUAGUGGCUAUAAGAGACGAGAGCCUACUGUCGAGGGAGGAAACCACAACACAGGGCGCCCGUAAUAAGGCUGCAAAGGAAUUGAUAGCAGGUAUCAAGACCAAAUGUAUUCGUAACUGCAUGUACUCCGUAUAUAUCGGGUAUUCUAGAAUUUUGUUUGCGCCCUGCUCGUCUAUGCCGCAGUCAAGAUUGUUGUCAAAGCGCCCGCUCCCAUUGCGAAUGCCACUGUCCGUAUUUACAUCGUCACCCCCUAGACCUCGUUUACAGCCUCCUUCAGGUCCUUGACGUCUAUUUGCCCUUCUUUUGCUUUUGCGUUUCCAGGGUGGCGGCUGCCCUUGUCCUUGACCUUCUUCUCCUUCUUUGCUGGUGGGGGGUAGGCCUUGAUGGCAAUCUCCUGCCAUUCUUUUGACGAUUGGAACUCUGCCUGGAUGGGGGCCAGCAGCUCGUUUAGUGAUUUCGUGACGGCCGCCUUGAGAAUUUGUGGUGACAGC